UCCUGGUAGUUAGCAGACAGAUGGUGCCAUCCAGGCUUUUGGUAUUCACCGACGGCAUACCAACAGAUGAGAAUGACUAUGGGAGCACUGUUGACUUAACCAGGGCGUCCACAGCGGGUAAAUAUAAAGUCAUGACUGCCGUCCAGCGUCCAUUUAAUGAACCUGUAUCACUCCAAGCCAGGAUAAAUUUCAUUGGAUGUGGAAAAGACUGUGACAGGGUGUUUCUAGAGAACGCUGCCAAGACAGGAAAGGGGAAAUUCUUCAGAGCAGACGACGAACUUGAUGUCCGCCGCCUGGGUGGAUACUACAGACGACUGGUUUGGGUUUGCAGAUUCAUCUGUCCUUUCCGAGAAAAGGAAUUCAUCAACCAGUUAGUAAAUACCAAAAACACCUUUUCAACAUGGAUGCGCGCCACCAAGAGCACGGAAAUAUUUGACACAGAUUUGAGUGAUUUUGAUAUGGAUGAAAUGUAUGAAAUAUUGCAAGAGCUGAUUGGCCCCAAAGCACUGACAGAUCUGGACGUCGAGGACUUGCAGAGAACAGCACUUAUACAGCGUGAACUGCCACUGGGGAUUCGUGUGAGACGAGGUCCUGACUGGAAAUAUGGUGACCAAGAUAAUAACGGUCCUGGAACUGUGUCUGGGUAUGAAAAGGGAGGUUGGGUUAGAGUCCAGUGGGACCACAGCAAUGAAGAUUUUGUGUAUCGGUAUGGCCACGAUGGACGUCGAGAAGUGCAGGCGGUGGAUGAGCCACGCAUCCUUAGGGAUGAUGAAUUCAUUAAGCCUGGUGUAAAAGUUAGACGAGGUCCACACUGGAACGCGGGCAAUAAUGACGGAGGCCCUGGAAGUAUUGGCACUGUUUACAAAGUAGAAGAAGCUGGAAUAGUUUAUGUUCUUUGGCCAACCCGAGUGGCAAGCAACCAUCGAUAUGGUUAUGAUGGGCGAUUUGAAGUUGAGCUGGUGGAAGAGUCUAAGUUACAUGAAGGUGAUGAGGACGGUUCAGGUUUUAUUACAGACGAGGGAAAGGUUGCCCUGUGGCAGUGGAAUUCUAAUGGAAACUGGACUGCGUACCCGAAAUAUGUGAACACGAAACUAGAACGCUCAUACCGUACACGUCCAUCCACUAGUGUUGAAGUUAACGUUGCUGGGCUUUGUCAACGCAUCAACUUUGAGAGUAUGACAGCGCUAUGUACAGACAUUAAUGAAACCUAUGAAAUACAGAGAACUGAACUGUCACUUGAAGAUUUUGAAGCUGUACGCAUUGGACUAGAAGGAUACUGAGACAACAUAAGGAAAAAAAGGACUCCAAAAAGAAAAGUUUCAUAACAGGUCACGCAUUAUAUUCACAUUGUUUGUUUCAUGACAUUUUUAAGGCAUGAUUGGAAAUCAUUUGGUGAACCAAGC